AUGUCUGCUGCCAAUCUCUUUGCUCCGCCCAUGGCUUCCGUCCAUGUCGCCACCGGAUCGCGUCGCUCCUCUGCUAGUUUCUACGACAUCCUCCGCGUCAAGAACAACGCUUCCUCUGUUGAAAUCAAGACUGCCUACCGGAGUUUAGCGAAGAUUUACCAUCCGGACUCGGCGAGGAAAUCGGACUGCGAUUCCUUUUCUUCUGAUGAUGGAUGCAGUUUCCUUGAGAUUCACAAUGCGUACGAGACGCUUUCGGACCCUGCUACUCGGGCUCAUUACGAUCUUGCUUUGGCUGCUCUCACUAGACGGGCGUUUCUUCGAUCGCGGUCUAGGCCGCAUCGGCGGUGGGAAACGGAUCAGUGUUGGUAG